AUGGCCCGUGGCCCACACGUGGCCCUCACAGGUCAAAGCAGCUGUGGUUUGUCAGAGAUGAGCUGUGAUUAUCUGGCAGCAGCGCUCAAGUCCAACCCCUCCCAUCUAAGAGAGCUCGACCUGAGUGACAACGACAAGCUGCAGGAUUCAGGAGUGAAUCAGCUUUGUGGUUUUCUGGAGAGACCAGGAUGUGGACUUGAAACUCUGAGAUUGAGGACCUGUGGUUUGUCAGAGAAGAGCCUUCAAUAUCUGGCAGCAGCGCUGAAGUCCAACCCCUCCCAUCUGAGAGAGCUGGACCUGAGUGACAACAACAAGGUGCAGGAUUCAGGAGUGAAGCAGCUGUGUGGUUUUCUGGAGAGACCAGCAUGUGGACUUGAAACUCUGAAAUUGAGGACCUGUGGUUUAUCAGAGAUGAGCUGUGAUUAUCUGGCAGCAGCGCUCAAGUCCAACCCCUCCCAUCUAAGAGAGCUCGACCUGAGUGACAACGACAAGCUGCAGGAUUCAGGAGUGAAUCAUCUGUGUGGUUUUCUGGAGAGUCCAGGAUGUGGACUUGAAACUCACUACCUCACCACUAGACCCCAGUAUAUGAGGCUGGGGGACUGGGUGUCUGAGGUGGUAGUCUGUAGCACGGGGGCCCCACAAGGAACAGUACUUGCCCCUUUCCUCUUCACCCUGUACACCGCGGACUUCAGAUAUUACACAGACACUUGCCAUCUCCAGAAGUUCUCAGGCCAUUUUGUUACGCGGUUGCGUAGCAACGGGAGAUGUCCGACCCGGAAGUGCCGCCACUCUGAGCGGUUCCACCUGCAACUGAUUCCUCGCCAGCUGCUGCCAAUCAUCCACCAUUGUAACAGAGCUAUUUAA